AUGGCCCUGAGGCCCAGCUAUAAGGACAUGCGGUUGAAGGCCUUUGCGGUGUUCUUCUUUCGCAACCAGGUGGUGCUCGUGGGUGACACGGGCACUGGCAAGUCCUCACUGGUGCUGCGAUUCGCGCGAUGGACCUUUCAUCCAGAUCUGCUUCCUACGCUUGCCUUGGACUACCAGGUGUUGAAGGUCCACGUGUCCGAUGAGACGACGAGGCUAAAGCUUUGGGACACCGCGGGGCAGGAGCGUUUCCGCAGCCUCAUCCCAGCGUACCUGGCGGGAGCGGACGUGGCCGUGGUGGUGUAUGACAUCACCAAACCGGAGUCCUUCUCCGCAUCUAGGCAUUGGGUGGAGGAGAUCCAGAAAGAGCUGGGCCCGGAUGGUGCGCUGCUGGCCCUGGUGGGCAACAAGGCCGACUUGGAGGCGAGCAGGGCGGUGGCUACGGAGGAGGCCAGGCGACAGUCAGAGGCGCUGGGGGCGAUUUUUCUGGAGACCAGCGCCAAGACAGGUGAGAACGUCAAGGAACUGUUCCAGAAGAUUGGGGAGCUCCUCCCCGCGAGGCCGCGACCGCAAAAGCUGCAGGCGAUCACCGCGUGUGAGGAGGACGAGCCCAGGACCCAUGUGGGCCGGGCACGGCCGCCGGGGGUCGCCUGGCUGGGCGGAUUGUAUAGAGGCACUCGGCUGGGCCUUGGCUCGCGGCACUUUUCGCGGUGUUCGCUCCUAGGGCGGCCGCACAGCUUGCAACGGAAGGAUGCUGCCUGCUUGCGGAAGAGGCCCUGUGAGAUGAAUCCGAGGAUUGCGGAAUGCCUGUGGUCGCAUGAUCUGGCGAAGGCCCUCUACACAUGCCGCAGCUUUUGCUCGUCUUUGAAAGGCCCCGCACGCGAGGCCGAGCCCGCCAAAGCGCGGGUGCCAAAUUGGUCUGGCACGGAGCAAAACCGCAUCGAGCUGCAGGCUGUGCGCCGCGUUCUGCUGCCGGCCCGACCGGAAGGCGCAGUCGACCUGCGGGGCUUUCCUCUUCAGACGGCUGUGUGCUGGGACGCGCCCGCCGACCUUUCGGCCAUCCAGGCCCACGACUUGGAGGAGGAGGCGGAUGGAUCGGAGAGCCUGCUGGCAGAGGACCAGGGCUUGCAGCCCGAGGACGGCGCCCUGCGCAGCCCCGUUUGGCGUGCGCCGGGCGGCGCUGAAAGGCGCACAAUGCGGAUGCAGCUGAGAUGGUUUCCGGAGGGUAGUGCCCUUUGCCAGGAGGGCGGGUGUUCUCUGUACCUGGUCGCGGUGCCGGACGCGGACGCGGCCGCGGAAAGCACCGCGGCCACCUUCGAGCUGCGCGUGGGGUCCAUGCGCCGGGUCCUGCGGCACGACUUUUCGGCCUGCCCUCAGUGGGGCUGCGCUCAUUUCGGGCCGCUGGAUGUUGAGUUGGCCGGAACAGCCGACACCCGGGUGAUGCUGCAGGUGACCCUGUUGGAGCUGCCAUCAGCCUUCAGCCUGCGCUACACGCCCAGCGAAAAGAUCGCUUGGCGCGUAGACCGGUGGCGCGCGAAGCAACGGUUCGGGGCCGCAGCGUACGUCUCAGAGGCGUUGCUCUUGGCGCGCUGCCCGGAGGUGCGGCUGCUUGUGGGCCUGGGGCCAGACGACAGCACAGACCUGGUGGGCCCUUGGCCAUCCCGCAGGCCUGUCGCCUGUGAGCCACUUGCGCUCUUUGCCUCCGCGCAGAGUGGGCUGAGCUGCCGCUUCGCGCUGGAGGCCGGUGGCCGGAGACGCGUCUUCUUCCACCGCUUCACGCUGAUGGCGGCCUUUGCGGGGCGGCGCUGCUUUUUGGGCCGCGCGCAGGAUGCUGAGGAGGAUGAUGCGCUGGAGGUGAGUCUUGAGAUCCUGGACUCCCGGCCGACUGGGGAUGAGGAGGAGCCUGACACCCUGCCGGCCGUGUGA